AUGUACCAGGGUCCCUCAGCCCUUAGACUCCCUACUAUCUUUGUCUAUGCGAGAAGGGGAGACCCUGAAAACAUACUUGGACAGAAGCAUUGUGAGAUGUACAAUGAGAUAGAGGGUAACUUUGAGGACGUCGUCAUUAGUACCUUCAAGAGUGGCCUCCCAGUCGAGCAUGGUUUAAGGAAGUCCUUAACAGGAAAACCAGUCACCAGCCUGCGCCAGCUUAUGGAUCGUAUUGACAAGUCAGACCGAUUAAAUAACAACCAACCCCGGAGAGAUUUUACUGGACAAUCAAGGUCUACCAACACCCAGAUCGUUAAUGCAGUAUUCCGAGAAUCGGUGCAUCAGGGGCAUACUACGGAAGACUGCAGGAAUCUGUGGGACCAUUUAGCCCAGCUGGUCCGAGAAGGGAAAUUGAAGCAGCUGCUGCACCAUUCUAGUGGCCAAGUGGGGCAGUCAGGUUUGGAUCCUCGAAGAGAUUCUUCUUCAAGACCUCCUCUGGGAACGAUCAAUGUCAUCUUCGCUGUCCCCGGUAGGACCGGUUCCUGUCCUUCUCGAGUAAUGUCUGUGGCUCGGCUAUCAACCGAAGACAGCAAUUCAGAACCAAAAAGAGCCAGAAUAGAGGCUCCGUUAGUCCUGGGCUUCUUGGCCAAUGAUAAGAUCGGAACUAUCCAACCUCAUGACGAUGCUUUGGUGGUCACACUCAAGACAGGGGGGUACGAUGUGAAAAGACUGUUGGUAGAUCAGGGAAGUGCUAUCGAGAUAAUGUACCUCGAUCUAUACAAAGGACUGAAUUUGAAACCCAAGGACCUAACAGCGUACGACUCCCCACUAGUAAGUUUCGAGGGGAAGACAGUUACUCCAAGAGGUUAG